AUGGCGGACGUCAAUGAUAAUCCCCAGUCUCGAACAAAGAACCGAAGGAAUCGCUUUACCGCGGAGCUAGAUUUGUUGGUUGCGGAGGAGUCGAGCGCACAGAAUCCAUACGCAGCUCGGAACCCUAGAGAAUGUUGGGAAAAGAUCGCCGAAAAUCUCACCGCUACUAAGAAAUUUAAGAUACCGUUGACUGAUCGUGCCUGCCAGGUUCGAGUGGAAAAACUGAUCGAGGCAUUCGUGAAACAAGAUCUUCGAAAUCUUGUUCGAACUGGCACGGAGGAAAUCUACGGACGUAUUGAAGCAGCUUUGCUCUCGUUGUCGGAGAGUAAACGGGAUGCCCAUGCUUUGAACGACCAGAAAAAGCAGCAAAAGGCAGCGGAGGCUCAGAAGCGGAAUGCAGAAACAGCCCUUAUUCAGAACGCCGGGGAGUCGACCUUCACUAAAAAGAAGCGUGUGGAUGAUCUCGCGGACUAUCGUCUUCCAUCCUCCAGCGCGUCAGGAGCUACUGACGGAUCUGACGAUGACGAAUGGGUGGAUUCAGCUGCCGAAGAGGAAGCGGCUAUGCAGAAGCCGGAUUAUGAUCCUGUGGCAUAUGAACGUGAAAAGGCUGCCCGCAGACUACGACAGAAGCGUAGCCGACCAGCAGCAGUGAAAUCGACCAAAGCGUCUGCCGAAAUGGAGGCUGUCAAAGCUAUUGCUGAGGGUGACAAAAUGAAAUGCAGCAUCAAGGAAAAGGAGCUGAAACAGGCGCGAGAAUUCGAGGAAAAAAAGAUAGAGCAGGAAAGACAGCUGCGAGAGAAACAGAUGGAACAAGAGAAAGAGCUAAGAAGUGCAGAAGACGAGCGAAAGUACACCGUUCGCAUGCGUGAACUAGAUUUACAAGAACGCGAGAUCGCCUGUAGAGAGCGUGAAAUUGCACUGAAGGAGAAAAUGAGUGGCAAUUAA